AGAUCUCAUGUGUCGGUGUGGGCUUGUGUGGGCAGUCAGAGCUUGGGUUUUUAGGGAUCGGAUCGGAAACUGGCCUAACAAACGGGAUGUCAACAACUUUCUCCCGGUCCGUCACUCUAAGACGUCCGUGCUGAUAACAAUUCACAUUGUUAAUCGUAAAGGUGACAAACAGGUUGUACAACAUGAAAUAAAACAUCAAGGCAGUAAUAAUAAUCAUAAUAUGAUUAUAAUAAUGAUGUUGUAGUUAAGUUCUGGGGCUUCAACUUCUGACAACUUCCUGAAAACUUUGGAGGUUUACUUUCGUUUUCGUGACGGCUGUGGCGCAGAUAAUUUUCUUCUCCGUAACGGGACUUGAUGCAUCUACAGGUCAGGAACUUUUCUUCAUUGAAAUCAGAUCAGCUUGAUAUUAUCGAGCAGAAACAGCAAACAUCUUCCUCUCGAUGUCUAACAGUAUGAAGGUAGAAAGUGUGUGAGUUGGUGUUGAUUCAUCAGGAUGGAUCAGUGUGAGGACAGAGAGGAGGGAGUCCCUCCCUCUAAAAAAAUACAUCUGAGUGGAGACCAUGAGGACCAAACCAGAGCUCAGAGAACAAAGCAGCCGCACAGACCAGACUCUGCUGAACCUGAACCCGAACCUGAACCUGGACCUGAACCUGAUCCUGAACCUGAACCUGGACCUGAACCUGGACCCAGCUGUGUGUCUAUGAAGAGUGAUCGGUCAAAGCCUACAUACAUUAACUUUAAAGGACAGAAACCAUCUGCUGUAAAGAAAGCCUACCAGGAGAGUUCAGAGGUUCCCAGUGGUCAGUCUGUGCAGCAGUAUCAAAAACAUCUGGACUCCAUAUUUACGCUGCUGGAGGACAACAUUGUCACUUUUGUGAAAAACGAGCUGAAGAAGAUUCGCAGAGGCCUGAGUCCAGAUUACCCAGAAUGGUUAGAGAGUCAGAGGGAGGAUGAGGAGGUGUUGGAGGGUGAGGAUGAAGAGCAGAAGAUCAGCAGAGAAGCAUUUCUGAAGAUCACAAUGAACUUCCUGAGGAGAAUGAAGCAGGAGGAGCUGGCUGACUGUCUGCAGAGCAAUCUUAUUGCUCCAGCUUGUCAACAUAAAAUCAAAUCUGCUCUGAAGGAAAAGUUCCAGUGUGUGUUUGAGGGGAUUGCUAAAGCAGGAAAACCAGUUUUGCUGAACCAGACCUACACAGAGCUGUACAUCACAGAGGGAGGAACUGAACAGGUCAAUGAUGAACAUGAGGUCAGACAGAUUGAAACGGCAUCCAGGAAACUAGACAGACCAGAAACAACCAUCAGACCAGAGGACAUCUUUAAAGGCCCACCUAGAAGACAUGGACCAAUCAGAACAGUGAUGACUAUGGGAGUGGCUGGCAUUGGGAAAACAGUCUUAACGUUGAAGUUCUCUCGGGACUGGGCUGAAGGCAAAGCCAACCAGGACAUCCAGUUCACAUUUCCAUUCACUUUCAGAGAGCUGAAUCUGGUGAAAGAGAAGAAGUUCAGUUUGGUGGAACUUGUUCAUCACUUCUUCACUGAAACCAAAGAAGCAGGAAUCUGCAGCUUUGAAGAGUUCCAGGUUGUGUUCAUCUUUGAUGGUCUGGAUGAGAGUCGACUUCCUCUGGACUUCCACAACAAUGAGAUCCUGACUGAUGUCACAAAGUCCACCUCAGUGGAUGUGCUGCUGACAAACCUCAUCAGGGGGAAACUUCUUCCCUCUGCUCGCCUCUGGAUAACCACACGACCUGCAGCAGCCAAUCAGAUCCCUCCUGAGUGUGUUGACAUGGUGACAGAGGUCAGAGGGUUCACUGACCCCCAGAAGGAGGAGUACUUCAGGAAGAGAUUCAGAGAUGAGGAGCAGGCCAGCAGGAUCAUCUCCCACAUCAAGACAUCACGAAGUCUCCACAUCAUGUGUCACAUCCCAGUCUUCUGCUGGAUCUCUGCUACAGUUCUGGAGGAGAUGUUGAAAACCAAAGAGGGAGAAAAUCUCCCCAAGACCCUGACUGAGAUGUACAUCCACUUCCUGGUGGUUCAGGCCAACGUGAAGAAGGUCAAGUAUGAUGGAGGAUCUGGGACAGAUCCACACUGGAGUCCAGAGACCAGGAAGAUGAUUGAGUCUCUGGGAAAACUGGCUUUUGAUCAGUUGCAGAAAGGAAACCUGAUCUUCUAUGAAUCAGACCUGACAGAGUGUGGCAUCGAUAUCAGAGCAGCCUCAGUGUCCUCAGGAGUGUUGACACAGAUCUUUAAAGAGGAGAGAGGACUGUACCAGGACAAGGUGUUCUGCUUCGUCCAUCUGAGUGUUCAGGAGUUUCUGGCUGCUUUUCAUGUCCAUUGGACCUUCAUGAAGUCAUCUGUCAAUUUGCUGGAGGAGCAACAAACAACAUCCUGGAAGUUUACGGUCAACAAGAGCCUUGACUCUCUGCACCAGAGUGCUGUGGACAAGGCCUUACAGAGUCCAAAUGGACAACUGGACUUGUUCCUUCGCUUCCUCCUGGGUCUUUCACUGCAGACCAAUCAGAAUCACCUACGAGGUCUGAUGACAGAGACAGGAAGUCGUUCACAGACCAGUCAGGAAACAGUCCAGUACAUCAAGAAGAAGAUCAAUGAGAAUCUGUCUGCAGAGAAAAGCAUCAAUCUGUUCCACUGUCUGAAUGAACUGAAUGAUGAUUCUCUAGUGGAGGAUAUCCGGCGAUACCUGAGAUCAGGACGUCUCUUCACAGAUGAACUGUCUCCUGCUCAGUGGUCAGCUCUGGUCUUCAUCUUACUGUCGUCAGAAGAAGAUCUGGACGAGUUUGACUUGAAGAAAUACUUAGGUUCAGAGGAGGCUCUUCUGAGGUUGCUGCCAGUGGUCAAAGCUUCCAACAAAGCUCUAUUGAAAGACUGUAACCUCUCAAAGAGAGGCUGUGAAGCUCUGUCCUCAGUUCUCAGCUCACAGUCGUCUCAUCUAAGACAUCUGGACCUGAGCUACAACAAUCUACUGGACUCAGGAGUGAAGGAUCUGUCUGAUGGACUGGAGACUCCACACUGUAGACUGGAGACUCUGAGAUUAUGGUGCUGCAGGUUAUCAGAGACCAGCUGUGAUUCUCUGGUCUCAGCUCUGAAGUCCAACCCCUCCCAUCUGAGACAUCUGGACCUGAGUGAAAACGGGGUGAAGGAUUCAGGAGUGAAGAAUCUGUCUGGUUUUCUGGAGAAUCCACUCUGUCGACUGGAGACUCUGAGGUUGAGGGGCUGCAGUUUGUCAGAGAUCAGCUGUGAUUCUCUGGUCUCAGCUCUGAAGUCCAACCCCUCCCAUCUGAGCCAUCUGGAGCUGAACUUCAACCAGCUGAAGGAUUCAGGAGUGAAGCGCCUGUGUGGUUUUCUGGAGAAUCCACUCUGUAGACUGGAGACUCUGAGAUUAAGUUGCUGCAGUUUGUCAGAGAUCAGCUGUGAUUAUCUGGGAUCAGCUCUGAAGUCCAACCCCUCCCAUCUGAGACAUCUGGACAUGAGAGGAAAUGAGCUGAAGGAUUCAGGAGUGAAGCAUCUCUGUGGUUUUCUGGAGAAUCCAGACUGUAGACUGGAGACUCUGAGACUGAGUUCCUGCAGUUUGUCAGAGAUCAGCUGUGAUGCUUUGGGAACAGCUCUGUUGUCCAACCCCUCCUAUCUGAAACAUCUGGACAUGAGCGGAAACAACCUGAAGGAUUCAGGAGUGAAGCAUCUGUGUGGUUUUCUGGAGAAUCCACUCUGUCAAGUGGAGACUUUGAGGUUGAGUUCCUGCAGUUUGUCAGAGAUCAGCUGCAAUUCUCUGGUUUCAACUAUGAAGUCCAACCCCUCUUAUCUCAGAGAGCUGGACCUGAGGGGAAACAACCUGCAGGAUUCAGGAGUGAAGCAUCUGUCGGAUUUUCUGGAGAAUCCACUCUAUCGACUAGAGAUUCUGAGAACCUAAGACAUCAGGGUAGGAGCGUCAGUACCAGCAGCUGACUCGGGAAAUGGAAUCUCCUCAACCUCUGGCUCCAACCUCACGGCCUCUGCAAUGACGGCCUGGAUCUUUGCACUGAAACAGCCUCCACCACUACACUCAGACUCAGGAGAGAGACUUAGGAAUCAUUUGAAUGUUGUUCAGUAAAAAAACAAAGGUUUUGGAGACUGUUUUUAGGAGACAUGAUUGAAUGCACAUCACACUUUUUUGCAGGUUAUAUUAAAUGAGCUAACUACUAGCGGGAUGGCUAAAUGCCACUCUUAAACAUGGGGUGAAUGGUCAAAGGAGCGUGGCCCCCAUUUUUCGGCAGAUAAACUUUAUGUCAACUAGGACUAUAAUCAUCUUUAAGAUAAUACAACUGAUUUGUUCAAACUUACUAAUGUUUAAUUUGUAAAUUCAUCAGAUAAUUAAUUUCAUGUUGUGCAAUAUUAAGUUAAAAGGUUCAAUAUACAGUAUUUGUAUAUUUAACAUUAAGUGCUCAUUGUUGUAACCUCUAUAAUUCAUGCAAGUUAUUCAGUUGCAAUCAUUUUACUGUAUUUAUAAUUAUAUUACUGUAUUUAUUUAUCUGUACUAGAUAAGAACUCACUGCACACUAUUCACUACCUGGGUGGCAGUAGUAGUAGAGCUAGUAAUAAACUAUUAAUAGUAACACAAGGGCAAGAACUGGACUUUUUUCCUCCUGCCUGUAGACUACAUAAAAACAGUUUCUUUUGACCUUCAAUCUUAAAUAUCAAUUUUAAUUUGUUGCUCUGGUUUUCAACACUGUUUGUGGUCCACUGUGUUGAGUAUAUGGAA